UAGGGUUAGGCACCAACUAAAUACAGGCAUAGCCUUUUUCUUUUUCUUUUCCCUUUUUUUUUUCUUAAAUCCUUUUUUUUCUGGUUUAUAGUUAUUGAGCUGUAUAUAUAUAGACAUAUAUAGCUAGCUUCCUUACAAGUACUGCAAGUAAUCUCCAACAUCCUAUUCCAUGAUUUCCAUCUAGUCGACUAAGGAAGUCUAUUUCUAGGGCUUGAUCCGACGAAAUUGAUGAAGAAACAGCAAGUGGUAGUCAGAAGAGAUGGGUCGUCCCGGAGGAGCUCAAGCAGUACUUCAUCUUCAAUGGUUAGAACUGUGAGGUAUGGGGAGUGCCAGAAGAAUCACGCUGCAAAUAUCGGAGGGUACGCGGUGGAUGGAUGCAGAGAAUUCAUGGCAAGUGGGCAGGAGGGCACGGCGGAGGCUCUGACUUGUGCUGCCUGCGGCUGCCACCGGAAUUUUCACCGGAGGGAAGUGGAAACUGAGGUUGUUUGUGAGUAUACUCCACCCAAUAAUUCUUAUCAACAAUAAUACUGCCUGCUUUCAUAAUUGAACGGCGUGUAUAGGACUGAAUGAAGAAGGGUCUUUGAUUUCUCUGAAAGUAGUUAACUGAUUGAUGCCAAAGAUUGUGAAUUCUGAAUUGAUUUGCCAACCUCUAUGCAUAUGACUCUAAGAUGGUAAUCAAACUUUGAUUUGAUUGUCGAAAGGAAAAGUUUCUCUAUAUCAUGUUGUACAUGUUCGCAUGUCUUCUUAUUAAUAUAUUGCUUUAUAUUCAUGAAUUCCUUUUCUUUCUUUCCUUUAUCCCCAAAUUCGAAUUCUACCUCCAUGGACUUGGAAUAGAGCUGCAAGCGCAAUGCAGAAAUGUAUAGUCUGCUAGUUCUACUAGUGCAGAAGCCUAAAUUUCCUGGAUAUUCUACUAGUUCUUUCCUUGUGUAUAAUCUUGAUGAUUUUAUACGAAAAUUUUGCAUACCAA